AUGCUUAUCAAGAAGCAUGUAAUCCGCGUCACACCUACGAUGUUACUCAUCGCGGAUAGCAAGGCCAUGCCUGCCGUCUUCCACCGUCGGGACACCAAAUCCCGGUUUUACUUGCAGGGCUACGUUGGUAAAAGUAGUAACAGUAUUCUGCUUCGAGAGCCAGGUGCACACGCUGCGCAUAGGCGCCUGAUCGGGGCUCCAUAUGCGCUCGCGAAUAUUCAAAGAAUGGAGCCUCUUCUCGACAAGCACAUCUUGCACUGGAUUAGUAGCAUAGAUGAAAGAUUUGUGGAGCAGAAAAAGCCGGUGGAUUUUUCGCACUGGUCUCAUUAUCUGGCAUAUGACACCAUCACAGACUUGGGGUUCAGGAAUCCUCUUGGCUUCAUCAAGUCUGGCUCCGACGUUGGCGGUCUCAUCGAGGGGUUCCGUGUGGGCAUGCUCAUCUUUGGUGUAGCAGGUCGCAUAUAUCCCUUUACCGAAAUGCUGCUCAACUCUUGGCUGAAGAAGUGGCUUGUCGUCCGCACGGAACAGAAACUAGGCUUCGCUGUUGUCAAGGAGAAGGCUGGAGCUAUUCUCGCUGAGCGUAGCAGGCGCACCAAGGAGCACGGCCAAAGGGCUCGGAAAGGAGAGAAGGCCUAUGAUCUUUUACAAUCCUUUAUGGACGCUCGUACACCCGAUGGCGACCAUCUCUCCGAGGACACAAUCAUCUCGGAGAUCUUUGUGAUUCUCGGGGCCGGCUCGGAUGGUUUUGGCAGCGCGUCAACAGCCUUCAUGGUCUCGGUACUCUCGCGACCAGCUAUUUUCAAGCGCCUCAUGAACGAAAUCGAGGAUGCCAUUGCUGCCGGCAAGCUGAGCUAUCCAGUCCCGACGUAUACCGAGGUGUCGCAGCACCUUCCAUUCUAUGCCGCUUGCAUAAAGGAAGCACUUCGACUGAACCCGAGCGGUGCUACUCUUCUCCCUCGCGUGGUUUGCCUAGGUGACCCGGAUCUAAUCGUCAAUGGUCGCCGGGUCCCGACUGGCACCGAAGUGGCGAUGAAUCCAUGGAUUGCUCAUCGGGACAAGAAUCUGUACGGAGACGAUGCUGAAGAGUUUUACCCAGACCGAUGGCUCGGUGACCCAGCGGCUGCCAAGGUAUAUGAGAAAUACAAUCUCGCUUGGGGAUAUGGCGCGCGUGUCUGUCUGGGUAAGCCUUUUGCCAUGAUGGAGCUCUACAAGGGACCGCUUUCGUUGCUACUUAACUUUGAUGUUACUCUCGCCGAGGUUGGGCCAGCCACGCCAGCGCCGCAUUCAGAAAUGUAUGCGACGGUGAAUGUUUGGAAAGAUGUAUGGCUGCAACUGCAGCGAAGUAACCGCUGGUCAGACAUGGACAACAAGAUGGCACAGAACAAGCUUGCGGAUGGGAACAGAAACGAGGACGUUGCUGGUGGAAUUCCUCUUCCCGAGGAUUUGCAGUGA